AUGAUAUCUUCAACCAUUCGUUCAGCAUUAAGAUCAAGAUUGGCAGUCCAGACUCCAAGAAUCUCAAACGCCAUGAGAUUGGCUCCAAUUGCCAGACCAACUUUCCAACAAAGCGUCAGAUCGUACUCCUCUGAUCACCAAGAUGAAACUUUUGAAGAAUUUACAGCUAGAUACGAAAAGGAAUUUGAAGACGCUUACGAUUUGUUCGAAGUUCAAAGAAUUUUAAACAAUGUAUUUUCUUACGAUUUGGUUCCAGCCCCAGUUGUUAUUGAAAAAGCAUUGCAAGCAUGCAGACGAGUAAACGACUACCCAACUGCCGUCAGAACUUUCGAAGCGUUGAAACACAAGGUGGAAACUCCAGAACAAUACGCUGCUUACUUGGAAGAGUUGAAGGACAUCAGAAAGGAAUUGGGUAUCGAUUUGAAAGAAGACUUGUAUGGAAAUGAAGCCUAG